AUGGCAGCGGCCAUUGGUAAAUUAACGGCCAAUAUUAGCGGCCCUGGGGAGUGCAGAUGUCGGGUAUAUGCCAACGUCGUAAUGUCUGUCGUCUUGUAUGGGUCUCCUGUGUGGGCACAGGCAGUUGCGAGGGACCGUACCAUUCGACGCGACGCGGGUAGACUACAAAGGCAGCUGGCACUUAGAAUUAUAAGGGGUUAUAAGACUGUUUCCUAUGAGGCAUCACUGAUACUCGCGAGACUGGUCCCGUUUGAUCUGAUUGCUGAUCGUCUAAGGCGAUCCUACUUGAGGCGGCGAGCCUACUUCGAGCAAAAUGGCUUCAUCGCUCACAGGACGAUGGGCCUCAUUCGCGACGAGGAAACGGAGAGGUCUGUAGUUAGAUGGAAUGCGCGGCUCGAGGAGUUUCCUCGAAACACACCUGGGGCUGCUGUUCGGGGGGCUCUCGUAGGCAGACUGAGAAGGUGGAUGAGGAGGACCCAUGGUGUCCUUACUUUUAGGAUGACCCAGGUCAUUGUGGGUCACGGAUGCUUUGAGGACUAUCUAUACGGGAUUAGAAAGGCGGAGACUACAAUUUGUCAGCACUGUGCUAUUGACAAUGCCGUGCAUACCCUCCUUCACUGCCCUUCAUGGGCGGUGGAGAGAAGAAAUCUGUUCGUGGCUCUCGGUCUUGAUCUAGAUCUAGACCGAGAGUGUAACUUGGUGAUUGGGGCCAUCAUGGGUUCCUCCGAAGCCUGGACUGCAUUUGCGAAUUUUUGCGAGACAGUAGUUAGAAGAAAGGAAGAGGCGGAGGGGGAUCGGGAGAGGAAUCAGAGGGAGUUGAUACUUCCUCCUGUACCUUCUGUUCCUUCCCGAGUUUCACCUCUUCAUAGUGGAAAUUUAUCAUUGUAA